AUGCUUUCGAAAUUUUGGAGCAGCCUUCCUGAACUUGAAGAGGAAGAGUUACCAGAGAAAGAAAUGAGCAAUGAUCAAUUCCGAAGAGCGCAAAAUGCGAUGAAUGUUGAUCAAAGACAAUUAGUUGAUCUUGUCACAGAGAGUAUUAAGAAUCAACUCAAUGGUGAUAUGAAACGGGAGAAAAUUUUCGUAACUGGUGGAGCAGGCACCGGGAAAACAUUCCCCUUUAAUCUAUUGAAAAACCAUGUCAACCGAUGUUAUGGAAAACCGGUGGUAAAAGUCGGUGCUCUCGCAGUACGAUUAAUCGGUGGUACAACGCUACAUCGGCUGUUAAAACUACCAGUACAAAAAGAUGGAGUAAUUGUAAGCAUGCCACUUCUUACCGGUAAUUAUUUGAGAGGAAUGCGUCAAUUAUGGCAAAAUAUUGAGUUUCUGUUCAUAAAUGAAAUUUCUAUGAUACUCUAUGAGAUGCUUUGUAUGAUCGACUCUCGUUUGCGACAACUGAAAAUCCCAGACGCUUGUUUUGGUGGCAUAAACGUGAUACUCUUUGGUGAUCUAAUGCAGUUACCACCUGUUAGAGGACAUCAAGUUUUUCAACAACCAUAUCAUAUGAAGCCAGCUACACAUUUGUGGCGACAGUUCGGUCUGGUUAAACUUAAACAAAACAUGCGUCAACAAGGAGACACAACAUUUAUAGAUGUACUUAAUGCCCUACGAGUUGGAGAAAUGACGUCUAGGCAACUUGAAAUCCUUCUUGAAAAAGUUUCAACGGAUGCGACUAAUGAAUUUUCGAUUGAGAAAGCAUUAAGAAUUUACCCAACGAAUGAUCAAGUUGGUAGACACAACGAAAAAGUUCUCCAGAGUUUUGAGAAUAAAGGGGCAGUUAUUUAUACAACAAAAGCACAAGACCAACUUAUUGAUGCCACUCGUAAUUUAGGUAACAAGGACUUAAAUUCUGUGAUACCUAAUGAUAUUAAUAAAACAGGAGGUCUUCCGAAAGUACUGAAAAUAUUCGUAGGGGCUAAAGUGAUGUUGAGGUCGAACAUUGACGUGUCAAAAGGUUUAAUGAAUGGCAAUAUGGGUUUUAUCAUUGAAAUUAUCUGGCCAAAUUUUCGCAGAGACCAACUAUACGCGGAAGACAUCCCACCAGUCCGUAUUGACUUCGGGUCUGAUGGUGAGCACAUGAUUAAACCGAUAUCGAUACAGUUCCCAGCGAAAUAUAGCUAUGGAACUGCUGAGAGACGGAUGUUGCCCUUAAUCCUUAGUUGGGCUUAG